CUUUGACUCUGGACUUGGUUACCCUUUCUUUUGUAUCAAUUUUGGGAUCUCGUCUCAGUUUUCUUCCCGUUUCUCUUGGAAUUGUUUCCUGUGUGUUCUUGAGAAAAAAUUUUCAAGAGGGUUGUGCAGGGACGGCUCAGAAUAAUGCCUCCUUUGGCAGGAGAACAUCUUCAUCGGUCUUAUGGGUUUCUUCCUAAGAAAUCAGAGUCUAGCAUCGUUACUCUCGACAUUGGUGGACAGCUCUUUCAAACCACCAGACAAACCCUCGCUCAAGCUGGUUCUAAAUCCCUUCUUUCCAUGCUUUCUGAUGGAUCUGCAGUUCCAUCAGGUGUUCGAUUCGUGGACAGAGACCCAGAGAUCUUUUCCAUCUUCCUAUCCCUUCUCAGAACAGGUAAUCUUCCAUCCAAGGCUAAGGAUUUUGAUCUUCAGGACUUGGUAUUCGAAGCCCAAUUCUACGGUCUCGAGAAUCUCCUCGUCUCCUCUCUCUCGAACCCAUCUCAGUUCGAUGCCUUCAAUCUUGAAAAGUCUCUGAUCUUGCCUCUUGGUGGUAGGGAUCCUCCCUCUGCCAUAUCCACCACCACAGAUGGGUCGGUUCACGUCGCGCAUGGCAGCAAGAUUACUUCUUUUGAUUGGUCGUUACGGCGGAAAUCUACCAUUCUCACCCGCUUCAAUGCCGUUGAUUCAAUCCUCGCCCUAUCGCCUUCCGUCGCAGCCGCCGGUGCCACCGACAUCUCUGGCCUCCAGAUUCUUGACCUUCACAAGGGUUUUGUGCGAGAAACGUUAAAUUGGGAGAAUCCAACCAAAUCCAGUUCCACUGUCCAGGCGAUUGGUUCUUCCCCCGAAUUUCUCUUCACCAGCUUUGAAUCUGGGCGUCGGAAUUCGAAUUCAAUUAUGGUUUUUGAUCUCCAAGGGAGCUUUCGUCCUGUUGCAGAGAUUGGUCACUCUGAGAUUUACGGUGCCGAUCUUGACUCCGCCAUCCCAGCCACCAAAUUGAAGUGGGUUUCAGGUUACAAUGUGCUUAUGGCAUCUGGGUCUCAUUCAGGGCCUUCGGGGGUGCUUGGCAACAUCAAGUUAUGGGAUAUCCGGUCUGGUAACGUUACAUGGGAAGUAAAGGAAAAAGAAGAUUGCUUUUCUGAUGUCACGGUCUCGGAUAAUCUCUCUGCAAUUUUCAAGGUGGGAGUGAAAUCGGGCGAUGUGUUUUUCGCUGAUAUGAGGAAGCUUGAUGUUGACAAUCCAUGGAUUUGUCUUGGAGAAGGAAGAAUGGGGACUAAAGGGAAGAAAGAAGGUGCCCGUUGUAAGAUUGAAAGCCAUGGAAAUCAGGUGUUUUGCAGUAGAGGAGGAGAUAUGGAGUUGUGGUCUGAGGUUUUAAUUGGAACAAGAAGCAGUGAAGAUGGACCAGACGAAAGGGUUUUCAGGAGGAAUUUAAUGGGGAGGACCAAUGAUAUGGGAGGAUGCAGGAUUACCAACUUGGCUUUUGGAGGUAACAAAAUGAUUGUUACAAGAAAGGACCAGCAAUCUGUGGAGGUAUGGCAGAGUCCCGUAAGGGGGUUCUGAAUUCUGAUGUUGGGAGUAUCAAAGUAAAAACUCUGUAUGUACAUGCCGUACUUAAAUGGUUUAGUUGAUAGAUACAAAUUCAUAUAUUUCAUCCCAAAUAGGGAAGAAAAAUCCAUUUAUUUUUCUUCACAA